GUACAGCAAUGGCGGCAAGCGUAUCGCUACUUGCAAUGUUUACGUAGAAACAUGGCGUUUGUAAUGUUUUUAUCAUAACCUAUAGCAUUAGUCAUGAUAUCUGAGUCAACACAUGUAGGUACUAGAUAAAAGAAAUUAAAUAUGGCGAAACGAAAUUGAUUCUGGAGUACAUUUUUAUGAAACAUUUGCUGACCAACAGUUGAGUUGGUGUCGUGUAGUAACUUGUUUCGGUACUUCUGUUGAUGAAUGAGAGAAAGUGUCAGACGAAUGAAAAGAUUUGGAAACAUUCCUCUGACUGUGGGCUGAUGUGACUGCAUGAAAUGAGAAACCAUGUGCCAGUUUGAGUGCAAGCACUCGAUAGCAAGAGACACCCAGGUCGACCAGUUCAGUUUUGGAGUUCUGAAAGAUCAAUGCUAGAUUCAAUUGGAUACCCUAGGCCAAUCAGAGUUACUGCAAAAGUGGACAGUCGACUAAAUCACGAUGCUGAAUAAAACAAUACAGUAAAUAAACCUGAGAUGGCUAUGGGAAGUCGAACUGGGAAGGAUCCUGCUAUGUUUUCCAAUGCUGUCAAUGAUCUGGUCAGCAUCUCAUCACCAGAUCCAGGUGCUAAUAUUACCAUGGACAUUCUGGAGCAGCAACAGGCAAAGGAGCAGGCGCGGCUGCUGAAUCGUUUCCGUGAACUUCGUCAGUGGCAGCAAAAACAGCAGGACCAGCUGAUGCAACAGCAGCAUCUACAGCUUGAAGUGUUGCGUGGAGAGCAGCUUCGUGUGCAGAUGCUCAUUGCUUCACAGCGAGGGGCCCAGUGGGGUGAUGGAAAAGUGACCAAAGCAGAAGGGUUUCACAAGCCCUCACCACUGCUGAUGACACCACCACAUCAUGCAAGAAGAGGUGUUGGUAUUGGAGCAGAGCUUGCCAAAACUAUAAUGACAGUCUCCACAGACAGUGGCUUAGUCACCUCAAUGGGGGACACACUGGAACCACCACAGGAUUCUCUUCCAAAGCCCAUCAUGUAUCCAGUCUCUCCAUCCAAUGAUGAAGACAAAUAUACAAACCCUGAACUCUUCAGCAAUCCUGGCUCUCAAGGUGAUGAGCUUCAGUCAUUGGAUGAGCAGUGUCAGUAUCUGGAUCAAACUGAUGGUAGAUCAGAUGCCAGCAGCGACAGUUUUAUCCUUCCUCCUGUGCCACCAGACCCAAAGCUGGCACGAUUAGCCACUUUAGGCCAUGGGGAGACAAUCUGUUGACUUCUUUAAGUACUUUACAGGCACUCCUCAACAAUGCUGCACCAAACUUUUUGCAGCAGGUGUUGGGACUUCUACCCAAAGAGCAGCAGGCACUGCUCCAUGAACGGCAGCAGGCAGUGGUGGAGGAGUCUGCAUCGCCAACCUUCUCACUUGUCCACACUGCUAGUAUUGCUCGACAGCCAACCAGAGCCUCUUCUUUGACUUCAGCUACCAUGGAGCAGACAUCCCUGCCUGCCACACUGUCCUCAAAAUCUGCAUCUCAGUCUGAGAAUCAUCUUCAGAUGCAGGGCCACUGGGAGCAGCCUCUGAUGUCAGACAAACAUCCAUUCCAUCAAGCCCAGCUGCUCGACAAACAGCCAU